CGCCUAGUCCCAGAAUCCAAGAUGGCGGGGUCCAGGCGCGGGGGUCCCCGGGAUGGGGUCAGGGCCGGGCCCGGGCCGCUACUCUGCGUGCUGCUGCUGUCUCUGAGCCGUUUCUCCAGCGCCCAAGGAGCGGGCGGGGACCCCGCAGCCGUUGGAGGGGCUCCCGCCGCCACUCCUGUCCCUCUGCCCCAUCGCAGGUUCGAGUACAAGUACAGCUUCAAGGGGCCGCAUCUGGUGCAAAGCGACGGGACCGUGCCCUUCUGGGCCCACGCUGGGAAUGCAAUACCUAGUUCAGACCAGAUUCGAAUAGCUCCAUCUUUGAAAAGCCAAAAAGGAUCAGUCUGGACAAAAACAAAAGCCGCAUUUGAAAACUGGGAGGUUGAGGUGACAUUUCGAGUCACUGGAAGAGGACGAAUUGGAGCUGAUGGCCUAGCAAUUUGGUAUACAGAAGGUCAAGGUUUGGAAGGUCCUGUGUUUGGAUCAGCUGAUAACUGGAAUGGUGUUGGAAUUUUCUUUGACUCCUUUGACAAUGAUGGAAAGAAAAACAAUCCAGCUGUGGUUAUUAUAGGCAACAAUGGACAAAUACAGUAUGAUCAUCAGAAUGAUGGUGCCAAUCAAGCUUUGUCAAGUUGCCAGAGGGACUUUCGUAAUAAGCCAUAUCCUGUCCGGGCAAAGAUUACUUAUUACCAGAAAACACUGACAGUGAUGAUCAAUAAUGGCUUUACACCAGAUAAAGAUGAUUAUGAGCUUUGUGCUAAAGUGGAAAACAUGGUAAUCCCUGCACAAGGGCAUUUUGGAAUAUCUGCAGCAACAGGUGGUCUAGCAGAUGAUCAUGAUGUCCUUUCUUUUCUGACUUUCCAACUGACUGAGCCUGGAAAAGAAACACCUUCCCCUGAUAAAGAAAUUCCUGAAAAGGACAAAGAAAAGUACCAAGAAGAGUUUGAGCAUUUUCAGCAAGAACUGGAUAAAAAAAAGGAAGCCUUCCAGAAGGAGCACCCUGAUAUUCAAGGGCAACCAGCUGAAGAAAUCUUUGAGAGUGUAAGUGAUCGGGAGCUAAGACAAAUUUUUGAAGGGCAAAAUCGCAUCCAUCUUGAAAUCAAGCAACUCAACCGACAAUUAGAUAUGAUUCUCGAUGAACAAAGAAGAUAUGUCUCUGCCUUGACAGAAGAAAUCUCUAAAAGAGGACCUGGUGGCCCAGCACAGCUUGGACAGGCGCCUCAGCAAGAGCUUGAUACUGUGGUGAAAACCCAGCAAGAGGUUCUAAGACAAGUGAAUGAAAUGAAGAAUUCCAUGGGUGAAACCCUCAGGCUGGUCAGUGGAUCCCAGCACACUGGCACAGCGGGCAGUGUGUAUGAAACAACCCAGCAUUUCAAUGAUAUCAAAGAACAUCUUCAUGUAGUAAAGAGGGAUAUUGAACAUUUAAUACAGCGAAAUGUGCCAUCAAAUGAAAGACCAAAAUGCCCAGAGCUACCACCAUUUCCAUCUUGUUUAUCUACAACUCACUUUUUAAUAUUUGUAGCAGUACAAACGAUGUUGUUCAUUGGUUAUAUCAUGUAUAGGACUCAGCAAGAAGCAGCAGCCAAAAAAUUCUUUUGAUCACCAUUUUUGUACAUGUAUGUAUGCACAGAACUUUGACUGUAAAUGAGGGAAUUUUUGUGUUUGAAUUUCUUCAAUAUUCUAAAUUAUUAAUUUUUUUGUUAAAAUUACCUGUUUAAAUGUUAAAUUGUGGUAAGAAUAAACCUUACAGAAGUGAGAAC